AUGCGCGGGAAGUUAGGAGCCGAGAAGGUGGACCAUCACGGACCAGGGGAUCUGGGGCAGAAGGGUCCUUGGUUUGUUAAAUGCAUCGGCAAUCCCCACAGCGCCGCCCACACUCGCAAGGCCUCUUGCCAGGUCUCCUUGCUGUCCAACCUCGUCGUCCCCUGA